AGUUAGUUAUAGACACAGAAAGAGGCAGGAAAGGAAGGAGGUGCAAGCAAAUGGAGCAAACAUGGAAGACAUGUGACGACUAACUUGUAAAUUGGUGUCCAUUUGACGAAACGGCGCUGUGGGGAUUGUUACUCCGGUACUACUGUACUAUGCCCAGCGCCACCGUGUCCGUGCGGAGUUUAUCCGAAGUGGAGAAACACCUCAGCGGUAGCAGGAUGGACCGGAGUUCUGAUGGCAGUUUUCUGAGCCUUCCUGCCUCCAUGCGUCGAGGAUCCUCUGAGAACAAUCUGGAUCUGGACCUGAGCGACGGCGCUACUUCCCCCUCUCUGGGCUCAGAGGUCCUGCGGAGUCGCUCCUGCGUGGACAACCUCCAGCAGAAGAUCCUGAAAGUCACAGAGCAGCUGAAGAUUGAGCAGACGGCGCGAGAUGAGAACGUGGCCGAGUACCUGAAGUUGGUGAACAGCGCCGACAAGCUACAGGUGGGCCGCAUCAAGCAAGUCUUUGAGAAGAAGAACCAGAAAUCGGCGCAGAAUAUUGCCCAAAUGCAGAAGAAGCUGGAGCAGUAUCACCGCAAGAUGAAAGACAGCGAGCUCCACCUGUCACCUCACCCGUCCAGCGGCAAGCACAGCACUAUACCCAGGGAGUCCCGCAGGGAGCUGCUGAGGGAUAUGACAGGCAGCGGGCGACACCCUACCAUGGACAAGAUCAAGACCAUCGGCCCAGGCGUUUCUCUCUCGCCUCCUUUUUUCUUCAGCAAACCCAGAGAGUUUGCCAACCUCAUCAGGAACAAGUUUGGCAGCGCUGACAAUAUCGCUCACCUCAAGACCUCCAUGGACGCUUCCACGCCUCUGCCCGCCGAGGCGGCGGGAAAGGGCCUGAGCAGCAGCACCUCCUUGGUGGGCAAGCCCAAGUACCCCAGUGAUGACGAGUGCUCCUCAGGGAGCGCCUCCAACUCAGCAGACAGUAAUGGGGUCUUGGCAGGGAUGCGGGGUCAGGUCCAGCAGGCGGGGGGCGAGGCCCAGAGCAGACUGAUGAUGAGCCUGGAGGAGGUGAGGGAGAUUAAAGAAGCACAGAACCAGCUGGAAGAGGACAUGGAGGAGGCUAAAGCUCAGUUCAAGAGGGAGUAUGGAGUCAUCAACCAAGCACUGCAGGAGGAGCGAUACAGGUAUGAGCGUUUGGAGGACCAACUGAACGACCUGACCGAGCUUCACCAACAUGAGAUGACUGACCUGAAGCAAGAGCUGGCCAGCAUCGAGGAGCGAGUGGCCUACCAGGCCCAGGAGAGAGCCCGUGAUAUUCAGGAAGCUCUAGAGUCGUGUCAGACACGGGUGUCCAAGCUGGAGCUUCAACAGCAGCAGCAGCAGAAUGUGCAGCUGGAGAGCGGAGAUGCCAGAGUCCUGCUGGGGAGGAGCAUCAACAUCAUGCUGGCCAUCAUCACCGUCAUCCUUGUGUGCGUAUCCACCGCCGCCAAGUUCGCCGCACCGUUGAUGAGGAGCCGGAACCACGUGGUCGCCACCUUCCUGGGGGUCUUCUUCUUGACCGUUUUCUGGAGGAACUGGGAGCGUUUACAGUACGCCAUAGAUAGGGUGCUGGUGCCUGCCUGAAAGACGUCGUCAUGGACGCUGUAAGGCGAUUGGUUGUACAAUUGUCUUACAAACACAUCUCUCUUCAUCUCUUUUAUUAACUGAACUGAAAAAUUGAUUUUACUUUGCUGUUUUUAUAACAUUAUAUUUAACCCCAAAUUAUUGCUAUGGAAAAGAUGAACGAAUGGAUUUAACCAGCUCAGGAAGGACCUCCCCAAAAAAGUGACAAAAAAUUUCACUUGAAAUCACUAAAAUCACAACAGCUUGGAAGGAAAAGUUUCAAAUGAAAUAAUAAUAUUAACAUGACUUUGCCAGCAAGUAGGCUAAUGUUUCCAGUUAUUUAUUGCAAUUCAAGUUGUUCAAGUCCAGUGAAUCGCUUGAAUUGGUACUGGGGUAAGUAGUGAACUGCAAGAGGUUAAGAAAAAAAGGUAAGGUUACCCAAAACUGAAAUAUAAUGUAAAUUUCACAAUUAUACAAAAAUGUAUUUUGCAGGGACACAAAAUGGGUCAAUAAUUUAAAGGAAAACUGACAUUUUUGGGGAAUUUUGUUCACCAUCCACAAUGAAACAUGAACACAUUUCUUUCCCUUUUUUGUGCGUUCUAAAGAUAGAAAACAAGUUAGCGUGAGGGAGCUAACAAUGCACGUCAUGGGACACACGUAUUUAGACUAUAAAGCCCCCAAAAAACCUCUAACAACGUUUUAUCGUUUUAUAUAUGCUGUGAUCAUAUUAACAGGUACAGUACAUUCAUGAUAACAUGUAAUACUUACAGCAUUUUGCUGUAUUUUGAACAUUACCAGAACUUCUUUCCUAGGCACAUUGAUUUCACAUAGCCGAUAGGUAUUAAUGCUGCUUCCGUCAACAACAGCAGCAUAGAAAGAGUGGGUGUUAAGCUAUUACUAAUCAUGGCAGACAACCCCACAGACGCGUACCACCUUUGGACAACCCCACAGGCAGACAAUAAUGUUGCUGGGUGCUAGGCAGGUUCAGUUAUAGUGAAACACUAAGGCAUUCGCAUAGUGUUAUCAUGUAGGGUAGCACUAGUGCUAAAUGUUUCAUGAAAAAAUAACAGUAUAAUGAAAAGAGUCACUCACAAUGUCUGCUCUUGUUGGGAUGGCUGUAUCUUCCAGCUCUUGUGCUCCCUGUUGAGCUGGUAAAUUCAACAUAGUCCUCAGGAAAAAAUGCUGACAGCAAAGGAGCAUCUCACGGAGUCUUCAUAGCGAUAUCGUCGGGUCUAAGUUGAGAGCCGGUAUCCGCUGCUUCAAUCUGUCUCGUUGUUUAGUUGGUAGCGUGUGGAAUCUCAAAGUUGGCCAACUUUUUUGACUUAUUGCCACAACCUUCUACAUACACGUGCCAGGCAUGAUUUAUAACUUAGCGUUAACUUGCAAAACUCAGAAACACAUCCGCAGCGGCAAUAGGUAGUGUACCGCUCGGCAGUGGAUUGAUCCAUUGUGUUACUCCGCCAGAAAAAUAUAGCUUUGUGUUAGUAAUAACUAUCGCUGUAGCAUGGUUAAUAUACAAGUCAGUUACGUAUGUAAGCGGAACAUUAUUGGCGGGUUUUUUUUAGGCUUUUUUGGCCUUUGUAGUCUAAAUAGGUGUGUCCCAUGAUGUACAUUGUAAGCUCCCUCAUGCUAACUGGUUUUCUUUCUUUAAAACGCACAGAAAAGGGAAAGAAAUGUGUUCAUGUUUCACAUAAGAAUUGUGGACGAUGGGCAAAAUUCCAAAAAAAGAGCAGUUCUCCUUUAAAGCUUUUCUGCAGAAAUGGAGGUUGAUCAAGCCUUGAGUGUUGGUGCUACUAAUUCCUACAAUUUUUAAGAGUUUUCUGGCGUACUUAAGCCCUCCACUCUUUGCAUAAAAGGAACACACUGUGGUACUAUACCUUCGUGAGCAUCAGUUGAACAUUAUUGUACUGCAGAAAGUAAUGUGUUGCUACAAAAAUGGCAAGAAAAAGACAGUAAACAAUGGAAGAGAUACAGAAAAUGUAGGCUUUUCCUACAGAGAAAUUUGGGUGUUGUAAAACUUUUGACCGCUAGUGUAUCUUAAAGACUUGAAACAGGAAGAAACAGCUCACUUGUGUUGUACAUACACAACGGACACUUCACUAUGGUACACAUGCACAAUCGAAUGCCAUCCCCCCUAAAAAAGUGCUGCCUUUACAAAGAAGUGUCGGCUAAAACCCAUCUUAGACUUGAAACAAGAAGAAACAACAAGCUCAGUUGUGUACAGUAUUGCACUAAUAUUUGAAGUUCAUUAUUUUCGAUACACUCACAAGUCACUCCGCUAAGUACACCUGCACAAUCCAAUACCAUCCAAUAAAAUCUUACUGUACUUGCAUUAUUAUGAUCCUAUUAGAUGUUCAUUUAAUAUUUGGUUUACAAUUGUGGUUGUAGUUUGCAAAGGAAUCUUAUCAUUUUUGUAAAAGCUACAUUUGCAUUUCAUUUGAAUGUGCAGGUGUGCCUGAUAAAGCGUCCAGUGAGUGUACUUCCUUUGUCAAAGUUGCACAUAUUUAAAUGCAAAGCGAAGCAUGGAAUAUGACCAUCAUUCUUCAAAAAUGUUUGUUUCACAUAAAGAAGUCAAGCUUCUGUUUUUAAGUGAUUCUUCAUAAGUUUUUUCCUAAUGUUUUCAAGUGCAAUAUAACUUUUUCGAUGCGUUCUUAACAGAGUGUGUGUGUGUGUGUGUGUGUGUGUGUGUGUGUGUGUGUGUGUGUGUGUGUGUGUGUGUGUGUCGGGGUGUGUGCGUGUGUGUGGGGGUGUGUGUGUGUGUGUGUGUGUGAGAGAGACACGGUGCUGGAGGGAGGAAGUGCCUGCCGUCAAAGAUGUAUCACCACUUGAAGCUUCUGUUCAGCUCUGAUAAGACCAUUUUGUCUAUGAAGGGCAAAAAAAAACAACGAUACCCCCCCC